AUGCAUCUUUUAUCUCUGAUAGUUACAUUACUAUUUAUCUACAUUUCGACCUUUUCUCAAGCGAUCGUCGAUUUACAAGCUAGAGAUUUUUAUGUACAUGAUUUGCCUCUUUUACCAACAAAUCUUUCAUCGAUUCGUAUGCAUGCUGGACAUGUACCUGUUAGUUCAAUACAUCAUGGUACUUUAUUCUUCUGGCAUUUUGCUCAAAAGAAUGUGACUGAUAAGUCAAGAACAGUCAUUUGGCUCAAUGGUGGUCCUGGUUGUAGUAGUAUGAUGGGAAUUUGGCUUAUCAUUGGUCCUUUUCGUUUUCAAGAUGAAAAUACGAUCGUCGAAAAUAAUGGAUCUUGGCAUUUGCAUGCUAAUCUUCUGUUUGUAGAUCAACCUUUAGGAACCGGCUUUUCUAAAACAUAUUCACGUUUAUUUGUUCGUGAACUUGAUGAAAUGGCUGAUCACUUUCUUGGUUUUCUUAAUCGAUAUAUUGAAAUUUUUCCAGAACUACUUGAAGACGAUAUUUAUUUGGCUGGUGAAUCGUUUGCAGGACAAUACAUUCCAUAUAUCGCACGAACUAUUCUCGAUAAGCGAUCAGAUAUGAAACUGCGUGGUCUUCUGAUUGGAAAUGGUUUCACUGAUCCCAUUUCAAAAUAUAAAUCGCUUUUACCAUUCGCAGUUGAAAAUAAUUUAGUAGAAGAAAAUUCUAAACUGUUUUAUCGUAUUGCUCAUCAAACGAAACUAUGUGAACAGGCAUUGCAUGAUUAUUCACAGAUUUUCUAUCACACAUGUUAUCGUAUUCUCUAUGAUAUUGUUGAAAAUGGUUCAAUGAAUAAUCAUCAUGGAGCAAAUGAAAAAGGUAGAUGUGUUAAUAUGUACGAUAUUCGACUAGACGAUAUACCUCCUGCAUGUGGUACUAAUUGGCCAGCGGAAAUGAUUUAUGUCAAGCAGUAUUUGCAACGAAAAGAUGUUAUGUCACGCAUACACGUUGACGAUUGGACAGUGAGAUGGGUUCCAUGUGCAGAAAUUGUUCGUUUUAAGUUUACUGCGAUACACUCUAAACCGUCGAUCACAUUAUUGCCUGAUUUACUUCGACAAAUCCCUAUCCUACUUUAUAGUGGUGAAUAUGACUUGAUUUCUAAUCAUAUGGGCACUGAGUUAAUGAUAGAUACCAUGACUUGGAACAAUCGAACUGGUUUUGAUUUGGGAAAUGGUAUAUUAGCUCCGACAGAAUCGUGGAUUAUAGAUGGUGAAUCUGCAGGUCUUAUUCGACGUGCACGUAAUUUAACUUAUAUUCUUUUCUAUAAUGGUAGUCAUAUGGUACCCUAUGAUCAACCACGUCGAUCACAGAUCAUGUUACAUCAAUUCAUCCAAUCAAAUUUCACUUCUUUGAUUAGUAAUACUAUAAAAAAGAGAAGAAAACUUCUUUUCAAACGAACACGUUCCACUUUUAAUUCCAUCAUUGGUAUUGUAGUUGCUGCUAUCAUUAGUAUUAUAGCUCUCAUAUGGUUUUUAAUAUGGAAACAGUAUCCGACUCGAAUAGCUACACCAUGUAGCAUUAUUCGUAUGAUUCGAUCAAAAUUGUGUCAUGUCCAAGAAGGAGAGAUGGGACCAGCUGCAACUUCGAAUAAUUCAAGUGAAGAAUCACGCAACUUGAAUGAUGAGACUAUUGUGUAA